GGCCUAGAAUUCAGUUACCAUUUCCAGAUCUCGUCGGCCGCCGAAACAGUUCACGGAUCGCCUUCUGAACACAGUACUCUCCGUUCUUGUUGAGAGCCCGAGUCGCAUUCUCUAAUAAUGGUGCUCAUACCAGCUGAAGAAGGCAAUGUAACGGUGGUGGUCCGAGUGCGGCCACAGACUCCACGAGAGCAAGAAGGAAACCGCCAAAGCACAGUGCAGGUGCUCAGUGACAGCAUGUUAGUAUUUGACCCUGAAGAAUCAAGCCUGCUGGGCUUCCAAAGUCAUGAGUCUGUUUCCCAGAAGAAAGGCAAGAAUAUGAAGUUUAUUUUUGAUCGGGUGUUUGGAGAAAUGGCUACCCAAGCAGAAGUCUUUGAGAACACAACUAAAGAGAUUCUGAAUGGUGUGCUAAGUGGCCACAAUUGCUCUGUAUUUGCAUAUGGUGCAACAGGAGCUGGUAAAACAUAUACCAUGCUGGGAUCAGAGACGGAACCUGGUAUCAUGUACCUCACCAUGAAGGAGCUGUAUAAAAAAAUAGAGGUUAAAAAGGAAGAGAAAUUCUGUGAGGUGUUCAUCUCCUAUCAAGAGGUAUAUAAUGAGCAGAUUUAUGACCUUUUGGAACCAAAGGGUCCACUAGCUAUUUGGGAAGAUCCAGAGAAAGGUGUCUUGGUGCAAGGUCUUUCAGUUCAUAAGCCAAAAUCUGCUAUGCAGGUUCUAGAAAUGCUGAAGCAAGGAAAUCUGAACCGUACACAGCACCCCACAGACAUUAAUGCCACUUCUUCACGAUCUCAUGCAAUCUUCCAGAUCUGCGUGAAGCAACAAAACCUUGUAGUCGGCAUGCAUCAGGAUCAGCUAAUGGCAAAAAUGAGCCUGGUUGAUUUGGCUGGCUCUGAACGUGCCUCUGCUGCUAACACUAACGGAGAACGACUCCGUGAGGGUGCCAACAUCAAUCGAUCCUUACUGGCUCUUAUCAAUGUUAUUAAUGUCCUGGCAGAUGCCAAGAGUAAAAAAACCCACAUUCCAUACCGGGACAGCAAGCUAACACGCCUCCUAAAGGAUUCUAUUGGUGGAAACUGUUGGACCAUCAUGGUUGCAGCUAUUAGCCCCUCCGUACUUUCCUAUGAGGACACAUACAACACCCUCAAAUAUGCAAACCGGGCUAAAGAAAUCAAACUUUCAAUUAAACCUAAUGUGGUAAGCCUGAACCAUUCUAGCAGCAAAUAUGCAGCUGUUUGUGAGCAACUAAAGGCAGAGGUGGCAGACUUAAGAGGGAGGCUCCAAGCUUAUGAAGAAAAAAUGCCAGAACUUAAGUCCUUCCCUGUUUUGGCUCCUUGUACUUCUGAGCAGAUGGAGCUCUUCAGGUCAAAAGAGACUACUUUGGAUUAUGGAGUGUUGCAAAAGGAUGAUUGCACAGAAAUGGGACCUUCCCAACUUUUGAAACAAAAUUGUUCUAGAAAAAGCCUCACAAAGGAGGAUUCAGGAAGAAAAUCUGAGUGCUGUUGCCCAAAGUUUUCAAAUCCAAUUAAACAUCAGGAAAAAAUGGAAACUCAGUUGCAGAGCAUGGACAAACAACAGUUAAAGAGGCUUGUAAUAGCUACUCUGCUGGUAGCCAAAAGACAAUACAGUCGGUUGAAAGUCACCAAUCUACUUACUCCUGAAAUGAUAGCACAGUUUAAAGAGCUGACUUCCAUACUUCAUGAAGAGUCCCAUGGAGCCCUGAAACUUUCAGUUUUGGAUGAGCAUGAUGAUGAACCGGAUGUGCAACAAUUGAUGAAUCAUGAUGAUUCUUUGGCUAUUCUCCCUACCAAUCUUACUGAAACCAAGUAUGCCAGUCCUAAGGUUAAUCCUGGAAUUCAACCUGCUGAACCAGAUGCUGAGCUGAUUCCACAUGCUGUCUCGAAGACCCCUCACUGCUCAACAAAGAAGAGGAGGAAGGCAUCGCAGUCUGAAAGAAGCAUUUCAUCUAGCCAAAGGGAGCGUGCAAAGCGCCGUCGGAAGGCUUGUCUUUCAUCCCAGAAAGUGAAUUCUCUGAAGGAAUGGUCUGAUUUUGCCCAAGUAGGCUGUACCAGCACCCCUCUUGGAGUGAAAACAAAAUAUUCCAGACCAGUUGAUUAUCAUACUCCAUUAUAUUGCCCAUCAACAGUUACUAAGAGUUGCAUGCCCCUGGCUCCUUCAACCAUUCAGAAUUGCUCUCCUCCACAAAACUUAAACAUAACUUUUGACCUCUUUGAGAAAUCCUGUCCUCCAGUGUUGAAGAUCAAUACUGUGGAAUGCCCUGCUUGGGAAAGUGUCCAGCAUGUCUCCAAUCAUCAGGGUGUGCCACUUAUACCUAGGGCCUCCAUGCCUGUGUUUACUAUGAAAGGCUCCUCUAUCCCAAGAGCAACUUCGUUGGCUUCCAAAGCAUCGUUACAGAAGAGGAGACAUACCACAAUUUCUAUCUCUCAUUUGCCAAGCAGCCGCAUUGGUAGGCUCCAGGGUCGUUCUGUAAAGUCUUCACAGGUUGUGAAUGCACCAGGACGUCCAUCUGGCAUCCCUGCAUGGAAAUGGCGCUAGAGAUUUGUUCAUUCCUAGGAACCAGCAUUCUGUUGUAGGCUCACUCCAUGAAGUUUCUUUCAAGCUUCUACUUGAACAUUGUAACAUUCUGACAUCUUAUCUCUUCAGCUUCCUCUAUUUUUAUUUAAUUGUAUCUAAAUCUGUAUAUCCACAUCUACCUUUUUAAUAGCAGGUGUACAUUGAAUUAACAGAUGACAGCUGAGUUGCCAUAAAUUAUUAGGAAACAACAGCAAACCUAAAGUGUAAAGUUUGGUUCAAUAUUAUACAGUAUCUUCCAUUGUAAUAAUAAUAAGGUGCUCAGCAUGUAUCUGUUGGAUAAAAAGAGCACAGUUUUCAAAACUAGCUCAUUCUGGACCAAAAUUAAUGAUUUUAUACCAAAGUGAAUGAUUCUUCGUUUAUUCAGAUUCUCUGAUUAGUUUUUAUUAUUAAUAAUACCUCCCCCAUGGUGCAAUGAGAAUAAGUUUGUAAAAGAAUGAACUGAACGAACUAGGCUGC